UUGUGGCAUGCGAACUCCCAGUUGUGGCAUGCGUGCAGGAUCUAGUUCCCCAACCAGGGAUUGAAUUCGGGCCCCCCACAUUGGGAGCGUGGAGUCCUCCCCACUGGAUCACCAAGGAAGUCCCAGUCACGAAGAUUUAUGCCUGUGUUUCUUCCUAAGAGUUUUAGCUCUUACAUUGAUGUCUAUGAUCCACUUUGUUAAUUUUUAUAUACAGUGUGAGGCAGGGGUCCAACUUCAUUUUUUUGCAGGUGGCUAUUCAGUUGUUCCAGCACCAUUUGUUGACAGGACUGUUAUUUUCCCAUUAAAUGAUCUUGAUGUCCUUGUUGAACAUCAAUUGACCAUAAAUGUGAGGGUUCACUUUUGAACUCUCAGUUCUCUUUCACUGAUUUGUAUAUCUGUAUGUCUAAGUCACAUUGUCUUUUUUUCCUCCAGCUUUUUUGAGAUGUAAUUGACAUAUAACAUUGUGUAAAGUUUAAAGUGUGAUAUGCUUAUAUUGCAAAAUCAUUACCACCAUAGCAUUAACUAACGCUUCCAUCACAUCACAUAAUUACCAUUUCUUGUUUGUGGUAAGAACAUGUAAGAUCUACUCUUAGCAACUUCCAAGUAUAAAUGCAGUAUUGCUAACUAUAAUAACUGUGCUGUAUAUUAGAUCCCCAGAACUUAUUCAUCUUAUAACUAGAAGAGUUUGUACCCUUUCACUAACAUCUCCCCAUUUCUCCAAUCCCCUAGUCCCCUGGCAACUACCAUUCUAUUCUGCUUCUAUGAGUUUGGCUUUUUUAGGUCCUACAUAUAAGUGAUGUAAUACAGUAUUUGUCCUUCUCUGUCCACAUUGUCUUAAUUUGCUUUGUAGUAAAUUUUGAAAUCAGGAAAUGUAACUCCUUCUACUUUGUUCUUUCUCAAGAUUGUUCUGGCUCUUCCAGGUCCCUUGCAUUUCCCUAUGAAUUUUAGAAUCAUCUUGUCAAUUUCUGCAAAAAAAAGGUAUCUGGGCUUUUGAUAGGGAUACAUUACAUUGUAUCUGUAGAUCAAUUUGAGGAAUAGUGCCUCUUAACAAUAUCAAGUCUUCUGGUUCAUGAACAUGAAAAGAUGUCUUUCCAUUUUUUAGGUCUUUAAUUUCUUUCAAUUAUGGUUUGUAGUUUUCAUCAUACAAGUCUUGCACUCCUUUUUUUGCUUAGUUUGUUUUCAUCUUCGGACUUAGUUUAAGGUACCUUUUUCCAUGCAGAAAAAUUUCAUUUUUAUGUAAUCAAAUAUAAUGAGUCAUAAUUUUUAAAUGGGCCAAAUAUUUGAAUAGUUAUUUCCCCAAAGAGAUAGACAUAUGGCUAAGUAAGCACAUGAAAUUUUGCCAACAUCAUUAUUCGUUAGGGAAAUGCAAUAAAAACCAAGUGAGAUACCACUUCACACCCACUAUAGGCAAAUGGCUAUAACCAAGGAGACAGUAACACGUGUUGGCCAGGAAAUGGAGCAAGGAACCCUCAUGUGUUGCUGGUGUAAAUGUAUAAUGGCACAGUCACUUUGGAAAACAGUUUGGCGGUUUCUUAAAGUCUUGUACGUAAACUUACCCUACCACCCAGUAAUUCUAAUUCUAGGUAUCUACCCAAGAGAAAUGAAGACAUUUGUCUACACAAAGACUUGCAUGUUAAUGUUCUCAACAGUGUUCGUGAUAGCCCUGAAGUGGAAACAAUCCAAGUACCUAUAAGGUGGUAAAUGGAUAAACAAAAUGAUAUAACCAUACAGUGGAAUACUGUUCAGCAAUAUAAAGGAAUGCAGUACUGAUAUAUGCUACAAUGUGGUCGCACCUUGAAAACAUCAUGUUGAAUGAAAGAAGGCAGACAUAAAAGGCCACAUAUCGUAUGAUUCCAUCUAUAUGAAGUGUCCAGAAAAGACUGCCAAGGUCUCCACUUAGGGCAGUGAGAAUCUUUGACUGUGGAACAUUGGACAUGAGCUUUGCCAUUGGCUGGUUGAGAAGGAGAAGGCAGAAUGUCUGCACUGUUACAACACAGAGCUCAAACUUCAGAAGACUUUGAGUUAAGCAGUGUCAUUUACUAUGCACAUGAUUAUGUCUUCGUCUGUCCUAUAUGAUCAUCACAAACUAAUGAAACACCUUUUAGGUCUUAUGAAUUCAGCUCACACUUUUUCUGGAUGCUCGGGCAACUGAUAGAGGACCUGUGAAAAAUGGAACCAAACUCUCUAAGGACAAAGGUCCCAGCUUUCUUAUCUGACUUGGGGAAGGCCACAUUGAGGGGAAUCAGGAAGUGUCCCCGCUGUGGCACAUACAAUGGAACCCGGGGACUGAGCUGUAAGAACAAGACAUGUGGAACCAUAUUCCGGUACGGCGCACGGAAGCAGCCUAGUGUUGAAGCUGUCAAAAUCAUAACAGGCUCUGAUCUGCAAGUCUACUCGGUGCGGCAAAGAGACCGGGGCCCUGAUUACCGAUGCUUUGUGGAGCUAGGUGUUUCAGAGACGACCAUCCAGACAGUGGAUGGGACGCUCAUCACUCAGCUGAGCUCUGGACGGUGUUACGUCCCCGCAUGCUUGAAAGCUGCCACCCAGGGUGUUGUGGAAAACCAGUGCCAGCACAUCAAGCUGGCCGUGAACUGCCAGGCAGAGGCCACCCCUCUGACGCUAAAGAGCUCGGUCCUGAAUGCAGUGCAGGCCUCCCCAGAAACCAAGCAAACCAUCUGGCAGUUGGCCACGGAACCCACAGGUCCCCUUGUACAGAGGAUUACUAAAAACAUUUUGGUGGUGAAAUGCAAGGCAAGCCAGAAGCAUAGUUUGGGGUAUUUGCAUACAUCGUUUGUGCAGAAAAUCAGUGCCAAAAGCUUGCCUGAGCGCCGUUUCUUCUGCUCCUGCCAGACUCUGAAAUCACAGAAGUCGAAUGCCUCCAAGGAUGAGGCGGUCCAGAGAUGCAUUCAUUUCUUUGCUUGCAUCUGUGCCUUUGCCAGUGACGAGACAUUGGCUCAGGAAUUCUCAGACUUCCUAAAUUUUGAUUCCAGCGGUCUAAAGGAGGUUAUUGUGCCCCAGCUAGGUUGCCACUCAGAAUCAACAGUAUCAGCUUGUGAGUCUUCUGCCUCUAAGCCAAAGAAGAGGAAGAAGGAGGAAGUAUCUGGUGCACAGACGAACAGUUCACUGCUGCCUCAAGAUGCAGUGAGCAGUAAUCUAAGGAAAAGUGGCCUGAAAAAGCCUGUGGUUGCUUCUUCAUUAAAAAGGCAGGGCUGUAGUCAGCUGUUAGAUGAGGCACAAGUGACCUUAUCCUUCCAAGACUGGCUGGCCAGUGUCACAGAACGCAUCCAUCAAACCAUGCACUAUCAGUUUGAUGGCAAACCAGAGCCACUGGUGUUCCACAUUCCUCAGUCCUUUUUCGAUGCCCUGCAACAGAGAAUAUCCAUAGGAAGUGCAAAAAAACGGCUUCCCAACUCUACCACAGCUUUUGUUCGCAAAGAUGCUUUGCCACUGGGAACCUUUUCCAAGUAUACCUGGCAUAUCACGAAUAUCCUGCAAGUUAAACAAAUCUUAGAUACCCCAGAGAUGCCUUUGGAAAUCACCCGGAGUUUUAUCCAGAACCGGGACGGGACUUAUGAGCUGUUUAAAUGCCCUAAAGUAGAAGUAGAGAGCAUAGCAGAAACCUAUGGUCGUAUAGAAAAGCAACCAGUGCUGCGACCCUUGGAACUAAAAACUUUUCUCAAAGUUGGCAACACUUCCCCAGAUCAAAAGGAGCCAACACCUUUCAUCAUUGAGUGGAUUCCAGAUAUUCUUCCCCAAUCCAAGAUUGGCGAGCUGCGGAUCAAGUUUGAGUAUGGUCACCACCGCAAUGGGCAUGUGGCGGAGUACCAAGAACAGCGGCCCCCCCUGGACCAGCCCUUGGAACUGGCCCCUCUGACCACCAUCACUUUCCCUUGAGGCAAAACAAGAGAGUCUUUCGCUGCUAAAUUUGCACAUCCCCACCCUUUGACAACUUUAAAUACUAGUUAGGCACUUAGAUGGCUCUGUUCCUUAGUGAACUACUCUUAGCUAAGAUGCGGUUUCUCAACACAUUCAAGUGGAUUCUGUUGAAGAAAAACUCUUCUUGUACAUAUAGCCCUUUUGGUGCUGCUGUGUAUAGUCUUCAUUAUAAAUUGGGUGGUAUUCCUGGCUAGUUUUUGAAGGAACAAAAAGAAAACCAGCCCACAUACCUUCUCGAAGGACUCACCUUUAGAGUUUGUUUCAACCUUUUCCUAAUUCUCUAAGAAGUGAGCAGCACUUGCCUUACACCAACAGUGUUGGAAAGUUAAUAAUACCCUGGUUAGGGCAGAAUGUUGAUGAUCAUCCUGGCAGAAUUCCAGUCAUGCCCUUUUAUUCUCUUCUCAAAGCACAGUGUCACUAGUUUUUCCAAAUUAUAUCUCAUGUUGGCCUAAUUAUAAAAUUAUAAACCUUUCGGGAGAUUCAGGUGAUAGUAAAACAGGAAAAAGAGAUCCAGGUGUCAAGGCAGUAUUUGACAUUUCAAACUAAUGCUUGUAAUUGCUUGUUUUCUUGAUAUUUCUUUCCUUCUUUACUCUCCAAAAAGUUUAACAGGCGGUAAAAUUCAAUUCCUAUUUUUUUAAUUCAUUGAUCACAGAAUGGAGAUACACUGAAAGACACAGAAUGAAAGCCUGCCUUUAAGGAGAAAAGAAGGGAAUGAACAUUUCCUGUUUGCCUACUACAUCCCAGGCAUUUUCAUUUAGAUUCUCAUUUGAUCAUUUUUCUCAUUUAGUCCUCAUCAUUCUUUGAGUUUAGCCAUCACCCCUUCUUUUAUGAAUUUAAACAGUCUCUUUGAGAUUAAGUAUCUUGCUGGAAACAGCAUUAAAAAUGUUUCAUUUUA